CUUCACGAUAACAUCACAAGCACGUCGAUAAUCCAACGAGGGAGCCACGCUCAAAACCAAAGAAAUCGGGCCUCCACGUUUGUCGGCACGUUCAGAUUCCCGACGAAACUGCUCGGACCCUUCAAUUGCAAGCCAACCGACGUUGUCUGUUCUCAUUUCGUACUGGAUCCAAGAUGGCCAUAACAGACCUGACGCAUCACUACCAGAGCCAGCACUUGCGCCCGCUCCCUCACUAUCGCACCUACUUCCCUGCCUUAGUCCAAUCCUGCAACCCCUUCGUCAGAUCUAUUGCGCUUAGCCCACGCCGCAUCGUCUUCCUGCUCAUCUUCCUCAUGCGCACCGUACAAACGAGCUACUACCUUUUGCUUUCAGUCAUGAGUCUUACCAGUGGCCAUGGGGUCUGGCUGCUCGUAUCUAUCUGCUUCGUCGCAUUUACCUUGGAGCUCUGGAACUUGCACCUUAUUGUUGAAGCCGAGGGAGAUGGAUUGGUGUUCGGUAAACGGAUCCCUGCCGGUGCUUUCAGUCUGUUUUUGUUCUGGAUGGCGGUUUGGCACGUGUGGAUAGUGCCACUGGAAGUGAGCGGUAUAGCAUUUUACGUUGGUGCCAAAGAGACGCUGAUAGUGGAGGGCUUUUGGAUUGCAGUUGUCGGCUGUGUGGCGCACGUUGCAAAUAACGCACGGGAUGCAGAAAGAGUAAUUAACCUAGUAUAGAUUUGCUAUACAAAAGUAAAUAUAGUUGUAACAGUCUAGGAAACUACAGAGAAGUUUGUAGCUGUGAUAAAGUAGUCCCGUUGCAUUCACAAUUGUUACUGCUUUGAUUACCUAGCAGGCUGAUUGAUCGGGCAGAGAAGGUC